AUGAAGUUUUCUGGAUUUCUGAGCAUCCUCGUGCUGCUUGGCCUGUUUGCAAAUAUCCAGGGACUUGGCCUGACUGACUUGCUGUUUCCCAGGAGAUGCCCCCGAUUCCGAGAGCACUGCGAACUCAAAGAAAGGGACCUGUGCUCCAGGGACAGGGAUUGCCAGAGGAAAGAGAAGUGCUGUUUCUUCAACUGCGGAAAGAAAUGUUUAGACCCCCAACAAGAUAUAUGCAGCCUGCCGAAGGACUCUGGCUACUGUUUGGCUUAUUUCCCUCGCUGGUUUUAUAAUAAAGAAAACAGCACGUGCCAACUCUUCAUCUAUGGUGGCUGCCAGGGAAACAACAACAACUUCCAAUCCCAAAGCCUAUGCCAGAACGUCUGCCAAAAAAGAAAAACAUGCCCCAGAGUCAGAAUAAAGUGCGAAAUUGAAGAAAGAAACGAAUGCACAAGGCACAGACACUGUCCCAACAAGAAGAGAUGCUGCAUGUUCAGCUGUGGCAAGAAAUGCUUAGACCUCAAACAAGAUGUAUGCAGUCUGCCACAGGAUCCUGGCCCCUGCAUGGCUUACUUUCCACGCUGGUGGUAUAAUAAAGAAACUGGAGUCUGUACUGAAUUCAUCUAUGGUGGCUGCAAAGGGAAUCCUAACAACUUCCAAACUGAACAUAUCUGCAGAGUUGUCUGCAAAAAGAAACAUCUGUCUUCCUGGAUAUGAUAAGGUUGAGCUGCAGGAAGCUCCAGGUCUUAGCUCCUAGACUGAGACUUGCUUCUGUGAGCCCAACAGAUGCUCGGUUGGCUGACAGCGGCCAAGUCUUAGCCACUAAGACUCUGGCUGUUCCCACAACAGAACCCCUGAAUUUGUUUAUUCUCUCUCACUGCAGCGUCUCUCCUAAAAUAAUGUCCUUUAACCUUUGACCUCUGCUCAGUGUUAGACCCUGUGACCUCAACUUUCAGGACUCAUUUAUUUCUAUGAAGAUUCUAGUUCCUCCUAAUAAAGGAUCCAGUGAGUUCUGAUGUCUCAGAGUCUGAAUGACUCCUCUGUUGUCUUCAGGUGUUCAAUCUGUUUACAGCCC